AUGGACCGCCACAACAGCUCAGGUGAUAUUCGUGAAAUUGACAAUCAGUUGGGUUCGAUUAAUCUGCAAACGGUCAUCGCUUCACAAGAGCUACGCGAGCAAAGGCGCUUGUACUAUGCGCGCCACGCAGAGAUCCCGAAUGCCAUCAGUAAUUUUCAGCAAGAAAUUAGAGACUUUCUGAAUGAAGUGGUCAGCACCUUUCCAGUCAAUGAGGACAAAGCUGAAAAGAUUCUGUGGCUCAUCGACGACGGUGCUUACAAACUCAUGGAGUAUUUGCGUUGCAUCGAUCAAAAUAUCAUGGAUAUAGGAGGCGAUGAAAAGACUUCUUUGGAAGAAGAAAGCGAGGCCGGAGUCAUGAGUGAAGCAAACACUUUGCUAAAGGUGAUUCAGUACGAGAUUGACACCCUCCAUCUUCGUUUGCAAAGGCUCAAAUCUCAAAAGCAAGAAUUGGAACGAUUGACUGCUGAACAAACAGCUACAGAACAACCUACUACUGAUCAAUAGCCGUCAAGAAUAAUGAAGAGUGCACAUAGUAGCUUUAAAACAUGACUAGCUCAUAUUACAUACUAUCAUCUAUGAUCACAGACAGCACCUCUACUACAGUACCCCAAAAUUGUAUAUUGCUUUUACACAUAAAAUAUUAAAG